AUGCAGGCAAGGCUCAACGAGCGCUUGGGUCCAGAGUACAUAUCUGAUCGUCAAGGAGGUGGCGGCAGUCGAAUGAAGUACAUAGAGGGCUGGAAGGCAAUCGAUUUGGCCAAUGACGUCUUUGGAUUCAAUGGCUGGUCGACCAGCAUCCGCAAGAUCGAGACGCCUAUAUGCAGGGAGAAGGCGCAGGGUAGGUGGGACAUCGGCGUGUACGUCGUCAUGCGCGUCACGCUGCGGGACGGUACCUUCCACGAAGACGUCGGGUGGGGCCAGAUGGAGAAUUCACCCAGCUUGGGGCUUGGAUUGGAGAAGGCAAAGAAGGAGGCAGUGACUGAUGCAUUGAAGCGAUCGCUUCGAACAUUUGGAAGGCUCCUCGGAAACUGUCUCUACGACAAGAAGUGGGUCGACUGGGUCUCCAAAGUG